CAUUAUCGACUAUAACUUAUACUUCCUGUUUAUACCAGUGCAAGCACCUGCUAACGGUUCAGACAUUCGUUCUUGAGUAUAUUUCUUGUACAAAGGCUAAUUAUGCAGAAAGAAGAGAAACAGCUUGAAUCAUCAGUUGAUGUGUUGAUUCAAAAUGUGAAAGAUUUGAAGAACUCGAUCGCCUCUUUCCUACAGAAACUUGAGCAUGAGUAUGACCAUCUGAGCUGGCCAAAUGUGUUGGACAACUUUGCUCUGCUGUCUGGUCAGCUGAACUCCCUGGGGAAACAGCUGAAGGGAGACAAGAUCACAACACUGAGAAACUAUGUGCUGUUUCCUGUGCUGCUCUCCCCAGAGAGAGACCUAGAACUUGAGAAAUUGACGGAGGAGCGUGUGCUGGCAUUUAAUCAUGAAGUCGUGCCUGAUUACCUGCGUACAAAGCCUGACGCCGAGGUGGAGGAGAAGAUUAACAAUCUCAGUGCCAAGGCUUCCUCAGUGGUUCCUGAAAAUGCAACGAAACAACUCAACACACUGAAUAAAAUCACCAGCAAUAUUCUGGACAUCUUGAAUUCUGCCAGAGAUGAGUGGGAGAAAGAGACAGUACAAAAGACAGCCCAGCCGCAGACAUCAAUACAGUCAGACACUCACACACUGAUCGCAGCGACGCUGGUGGGGAAGGGGUUGAGGAUGCGACCCAGCCCGCCGACCACCUCCACCCCACCAAUGCCCGGCCAGCCAACGGGUGCACAGCAGAAGGUUCAACAGAAGGCACAAGGUUCACUUGGAAAAGCCCCCAGUAUUAUCAAGACCAACAUCAAGGCUGCUAACACAUCACAUCCUUAUCAGAGGUCAUGAUUCAAUGUCAAGUGCGAUUCAUCCGUCAGAAGACAUCAGGUCAUGAUUCAAUGUCUAAUGUGAUUCAUCCAUCAGAAGACAUCAGGUCAUGAUUCAAUAUCAAAUGUGAUUCAUCCGUCAGAAGACAUCAGGUCAUGAUUCAAUGUCAAGUGCGAGUCAUCCCUCAGAAGACAUCAGGUCAUGAUUCAAUGUCUAAUGUGAUUCAUCCCUCAGAAGACAUCAUCAAUAAGGCAAAAACAGCCAUGAGGAAUCCAUGUCAUGCGCUAGAUUCAUCGCCCAGAAAGCCACAUCAUGAUGUCAUUCAAGUGUUUGACUAUACAGAUGUCCAAUAUGUGCAAAAUCAGCCACACACAAUGUCAAUCCUAUCAGCAAUUCAUGGAAUUUUUUAAGUCUUGACCUUUGACGGAGAGUGGCUGGAUCAUUUACUUACCUUGUUUACUCUACUAUGCUUGUCGUAAGAGACGACUAAUGGGAUUGGGUGGUCAGACCCACUGCCUUGAUUGAUGUAUGUCAUCGUAUCCCAGUUGCGUAGAUCAAUGCUCAUGUCAAUCACUGGAUUGUCUGGUCCAGACUUGAUUAUUGACAGAUUGCUGUCCUACAGCUGAAAUAUUACUGAGUGCAGCGUUUAACAAGAAGCAAAAAAAUAAAUCUUGCUACCAUUCUGAUGUGAUUGUCAAAAGUGUUACGAGUGAAUUUAGUGAACAUCUCAUGUAUGACUGUGUAAAUAAACAGUUUAUUCCAA